AUGUUCAGCCAGUGGCUCCUCGCGCUUGUCGCGUGCUCGAGUCUCACCUUCGCUGUACCUUAUCCUCAAGCUGAGGUACCACCCUGGCCCGCCAAUACCACCAGUGUCGGUGCCUGUCCUGGAUAUACGGCUUCGAAUGUAGUUACGACAGACUCGACCCUCACUGCCGACCUCACCCUCGCCGGUGAUGCCUGCAAUGCAUACAGCGACGAUAUCAAGGACCUCAAGUUGUUGGUCGAGUACCAGACUAGUAAACGACUUCAUGUCAAGAUCUAUGAUGCCGCCUUGACCGUGUUUCAGGUACAAGAGCAGGUAUUGCCGCGUCCAAAGAACGAAAAUGCCGCAGCAUCCGACGCUGCUCUGCAGUUCGAUAUCACCAAGGAACCCUUCUCUUUCACGGUGAAGCGCAAGGAGAACAACGAGGUGCUGUUCAACACGUCUGCAGCCCAGUUGAUCUUUGAGAAGCAAUAUGUCCGCCUGCGCACGAGCUUGCCAGAGGAUCCCAACAUAUAUGGCCUCGGAGAACACAGCGACUCUUUCCGCUUUACGACGACAAACUACCAGCGGGUCCUACUCAACUCGGAAUCACCUAAUAUUCCUACAAACGCUAAUCUUUAUGGGACUCACCCCAUAUACUUCGAUCAUCGAGGCAACAAGGGCACUCAUGGCGUAUUCCUACUCAACUCUAGCCCCAUGCAAAUCAAUAUCAACCAGACCGAAAGCGGUGAUCAGUACCUCGAAUACAACACCAUCGGUGGCAUCAUCGAUCUUUACUUCAUGGCUGGCAAGCAGCCCGCUGAGGUAUCCAAGCAGUAUGCAGAUGUUGUUGGCUACUCAGCCAUGUACCCAUACUGGACGUUUGGCUUCCACCAGUGCAAGUAUGGGUAUUGGGACGUCAACAUGGUGGCUGAAGUGGUCGCAAAUUACUCAACUGCGGGGAUCCCAUUGGAGGUCAUGUGGACAGAUAUUGACUACAUGCAUCUGCGCGAGGACUUUACGACUGAUCCUGAUCGCUUCCCCGUCUCCAAGGUGAGAGAACUCGUCACAACACUUCAUGAACGUGACCAACGAUACGUUUUAAUUCUGGAUCCUGGUAUCCAUGCAGUUGGCAAUUACUCGACCUACGAGAAGGGCCACGAGAAGAAUGUUUUUCUCAAGCACGCAGACGGCACAGAUUUGCUAGGCGUACAGUGGCCUGGCGCUGUAGCGUGGCCUGACUGGUUUGCGCCUAACACACAGGAAUGGUGGACCAACGAACUCCACACUUCCUUCGACGCUGACACCGGUAUCAACCUCGAUGGUAUUUGGGUGGACAUGAACGAAGCCUCCAAUUUUUGCGAAGACCAAAACUGUAACCCGCGCCAGAAAGCCAUCAAGGACGGUAUUCCGCCAAUGCCUCCCAACCCGCCGCGUCCCAACACCGGCCGACCCAUACCUGGCUUUCCAGGCUCAUUUCAACCCACGCCAUCAGGUUCGCCUUCAGCCAGAGCUCUCAGUUCCAAGUCCCUUUCUCCACGCCAGUCUGGAGGUGGCAUGAAAGGUUUCCCUGAUCGAGAGUGGUUCUUCCCAAAGUACCAUAUCAACAGCCACCGCGGUAAUUUGUCUCAGUUCACCAUCUACACCAACACAACGAACUACGACGGUAGCUGGCAGUACGAUACACACAAUCUGUAUGGUCACAUGAUGGCAAUGACAACUCAUGAGUCCAUGGUGACCCGCCGUCCUGCGCUGCGUCCUUUUGUCUUGACUCGCUCCACCUUCGCUGGGUCAGGCAGCAAGGUCUCACACUGGUUCGGUGACAAUGCGUCGACUUGGGAACACUACCGCACCGCGAUCCGCCAAAUGUUGUCGUUUGUAUCUAUGCAUCAAAUGCCCCUUGUGGGAUCCGAUGUCUGCGGCUUCAACGGGAACACGAAUCAAUAUCUCUGUGCACGAUGGGCUCUACUCGGUGCAUUCCAGCCUUUCUACCGGAACCAUGCUGAACUGAGCACUAUACACCAGGAAUUCUACCAGUGGCCGGUGGUCACCGAUGCUGCAAAGAAGGCGAUUGACACGCGGUACAAGCUGCUCGACUACAUCUACACCGCGCUGUACUAUCAGACCACCACUGGGGUGCCGAUGAUCAACCCGCUCUUCUUUCUCUAUCCAGAGGACGAGAAUACAUUCGGUCUUCAAGAGCAGUGGUUCUACGGCGACAGCCUGCUCAUCUCGCCAGUCACGCAGGACUACUCUGACACAGUGACCUAUUACCUGCCCGAUGAUGUCUUCUACGACUAUUGGACGCACGCCAAGGUUCAAGGCGAGGGCCAAAAUGUCACGGUGAGCAACCUGACAUAUACCGAUAUUCCCGUCCAUAUCCGCGGUGGCAGCAUUAUCCCACACCGCAUCAACUCGGCAAACACUACCAAGGCACUAAGGAAAGAGGACUUUUAUGUCCUGGUCGCUCCUGAUGCAGAGGGCAAUGCAAAGGGAAGGUUGUAUCUAGAUGACGGCGAGAGCAUCAAGCAGCCUGCCAUUAGCGAAAUUGAGUUCGAAUUUGAGUCAGGUAAGUUCAGUGCCACGGGUUCGUUUGGGUAUGCUGGAGCGAGCGGUGAGAGCGUUACAGUCCAAAAGGUCGUGGUUCUGGGGCAGGAUAAGAGCCGCGCCAUUGGCACUUUCGACUCGACCAAACAGACCAUUGAGGUUCAGGGACCGUGGAAGUUGACUGGCGCUUGGGGGUUUCAGCUCUGA